AUGGAUUCAGACAUAAUUAAAAGUUUUAAGUUAAAAGACCUAACAACAGCUGAACUUAAGAAAGAUCUUGAAUUAUAUUAUAAAGUUAUUGAUAAGCUUCUUGUAACAGAAGAUGUGAUAAAUAAUAAUGAAAUUCUUAUAAUGAUUCAUAAAACAUUUAGUUUUGAACUAGUAGUAACAAACUUUGAAGAAGAUAAAAAACAAAAAAAAAGUGAUGAUGGAUUUAAGCCAGAAGAGUUAGAUAUGUUAUGCAAAAAA